AUGUUGCACUGAUAAUAAUUGUCCAGGGUGAGGGUGUCGGCAAGGUGAGGCUACCCGAUAUCCAGCAGAUAACCCAGGGCUACAUGGCAGGCCAGACAAACACUAAAUAGAAAGUAGGCUUCCAGACAGGGUUCGGGAGUCGGAUCCGCGAUACACAACAGGAGAACAACCUCUCCUACUAACAAGAAUAAAGAUAUCGUACCUCUGACGGAGCUGUUGACUGAAUUCCAACAACAAGAUAUAACAUCAACAACCAGAAAAGCAGACUAAUAUUUUGAAGCUCCUCUAUUAUUCGCUGAGUACGGUAUCCUCAUAAAGAACAUUCAACCGGUGCCCUGAAUCCAAUAUCACAAUGCAGAAAGCCAUGUUUACCACCUUGUGUUUGCUAACCAUUCUGAGCGUCUUCAACUCCGUCGCAGCGGACGAAUGCCCAACUUACUGGACUCGUUUCAGGAAACACUGCUACCGUUUCUUCGGCACUCGCAAGACAUGGAUGCAAGCAGAGUUGUACUGCAACCAAUUCGGCGCCAACGAGCACUCUGGGGAGGAGACAAUUUCUCAUCUAGUGUCCGUAAACAACCAGGCAGAGAACGAUUUUCUGUACGCCCUUUGGAGCUCUACGAGGGAGACAUCAGGAAACGAGGCUCUCUUGUGGUUGGGAUUCUACAAGCCAAUGGGACGGAACUAUUUCACGUGGUCUGAUUACAGCGACAUUGACUUCACCUUUUGGGACAGUUCAAGACCCAAUAAUGUUGGGGGUGAUGAGAACUGUGUUGAGAUGUGGGAAGAGGAUAUUGAGAAUCACCGAUUGAAGUCGUGGAAUGACAGGGUAUGCACACAUGAAGCUAGCUUCAUCUGUAAGAUGCAGUUCGAUUGAAAGAGUAAUCUUACAUGCUUUGAGUCACAACCAUAACAGAUGAGACUGUUUACAAACCAAUUGUAUGUAGAGCUUUAAGGCACUGGACACUAUUGGUAAUAACUCAAAACAACUGUUAGCAUAAAACUUACUUGGUAACGAGCAAU